AACGUAACUUCAUUCGCGGUUGCGCCAACUCGGAUAGGAUGUUGCCACUAGCAGCAUUGAUGCAUAGGAUUUUUCAGAAAAAAAAUACCUUUCUUGAGGAUCCUGCACUGUUGGAAGAAUAACAACAAAACGCAUUUUGCAACCCUAGGUUGGGAAGAACUCUUAACGUUGCGAGCAUUUUACAUUUUGUGUAUUCUGACUGUUGACAAUGCAAAGUGGAAGCGAGCGGGUUUGCAGAAUUUUCAAGCGUCUUCUAAUCUUAGCUAGUAGUAGGAGCAGCAGGAGCAGAAACAAGUAUCAUGGCUAGGCCUCACAGAUACAUUCACAGUUGUUCAGCAACCUGACAACAAGACAGUUUAGAAAGGCUCAAAGUUUAGGUUUGUGAGAAACUCAUAAAAUUCGUGAUAUUCUUGCCAGCAGUUAGCAAGCAAACAUUGCUUGAUGGCUGGUGUGGCUAAUUAACGUUUGGUAGCUAACUGUUAACCUUGGCUGGUUCCGUUAUUCCCUCUACAAUAUACAGUAAUAGACAGAGAAAGGCAAUUUGCAGUAAACAAGUGUGGGGAGGGGUUCGGCAAAACCACUGCCAGUGGGACUGGGCGUGGAACGAAACUAGCUAGCUACAGUAGCUGGUUCCAUAGCCAGAAUUAUUUGCAAGAAGUCGUCGACUGCUGGGUGAAUGUGGGACAAAAUGGAGACGCCAACGAUUGUGUAUGAUUUGGAUACCUCUGGGGGUGUAAUGGAGGUGAGGCAUUUCACCACAUAACGUUACUUAUGUCCGUUAAAAUGCAACUAUUUAAGUUUGUUAGGUUUCUAGCUAGCCAGCAAAAUGGACAUGGUUAGCUAGAUACUGUAGCAAGAUGGAAGCAAAUAGCUAGCUAACGUUAACUAUAUUUUGUGGCUGUGAUGUCCUAACGCCGUUGGCUAGAAUGAAGUUGAAGACAACACCCAUCUUUGCAAUGUGUAGCUAGCUAAUUUAUGGGAAACGUUGUGCUAUUACUCUAGUUAUAGCGUAACUAACAUUUUAAACCAUAUUUUAGUUGCCAGCAGUUUUGAUCACUGCUGCAGACUAAACGUUACAGUAAAGGCCCUAGCUUCCUGCAGGAGGCUAGUAUAAAAAAUGAUCUGUUACUGACAUGAUACUGAAUCAUACACUGUUUUUAGCUUUAUUCGUUUGAUGUUUUUGCAACCAAGUAAACAAACCUAAAUGGGCAAUGAAGAUAGUACAAUUUGGCGAUUCAGAUUUCUCAGACAUGUUCAACUUGUUACAGCAAAUUCAAACACUGCUCGCACCCCCCAAGUCAGAGGAUGGCGAAAAGAGGAGUCGGAGGAGUGAAAGGGACGUUCGGAGAAAGAGCAGGGCCACCAACCACGACACCUGUGAUAGUUGUCAUGAGGGAGGGGACCUUCUGUGUUGUGACCAUUGUCCUGCUGCCUUCCAUCUACAAUGCUGGUAUGUGUGAAAAGUAUGCUUGUAUCCCACUAGCUUGGGAAGGAUCAUGCAUGAUUUACUGUAUUCAGAAUGACUCUGCGGCUCUCCUGUCUAGACAGCCCACCUUCAACAGAACCAUGCCAAUGUGCAAAAUACCACACAUGAGAUGCGUUAAGGGGGGGGGGGGAAUUGUUUUGUCAACCAUUCUAGGAAGAUGGUUGUGACACAGCAACCAGGACUUGGUUAAAAUUUGCCGCCUAAUGGUUGUAACCAGCCCCCGCCUCGGUCUGCAUGUCUCCAGGCAUCGUCACUCACCCGCUCUGACUGAGACGAGAGAGCGCUGGGAAACGCUGGCUAAAAAUGGAGUCGAGGCUGCUCUUCGCUCGUGUGCCUCUGUUUACAAUAUGGCGCCCUCCCUUGAAAAAACCGUUUUAUUCCAGCGCCAUUUUACUGACAUUGCUCUUGAGUUUUAACAGGAAUAUAAUUAUGAUAAUACAGCUGAUCUAACGUGGUUAUAACUCGACUUGAGAUGAGCAUAUUAUUCUUUGUAUUUCGGGGACUCAGACAUUUGCACCACACAGCUGUGCAAGAUCAAUCAUGUUGGUUGGUAGCUACAGUUUUCAGUAUAUGAUUCAAUAGUGCAGGUUUUGGUUGUGAGCUAGGCUACAGUGCAAGGCUUUCCACCGACAGGAUUGAGGAUAAUCCCGGUCUUUGCAGAAAUAUAACAUUUGCAUAUCCCUUGUGUGGUCAUUGACUGUAAAAUUUGACGUGAUAUAAUUUAAUUUACAUACUAUAAAUCGGAGUAGAUAGCCAGAGCGAAUUUACAAACGCAGCCUAGAUUAAAAACAUCUGAAUGCGUUCCAACAAUUCAUUAUGAUAUCAGGCUGUAUAAACUGCGCGAUGGAAUAGAAUAGAGUUUAUGAGCAUCACAGCCAGGUGAUGUAUUCGAGACCACCUAAAGCGAGACCAAUUCAAGACAAUGAUUGUAAUUGUGUGAAAUCGGCAAGAUAACAGUUGAAAAUGUUCUGUGUUCAAAUUUAAAGAACAUAAUUGCUUCUUUAGACAUUCAGAAUGGUAAAACUAAAUGCAUGCUGAGGGCAAAUAGAGCCACUCUACAUAUUACCAGUAACCCAGGUCUAUAGUAUGGAGAGAAAAAAAGAAAAAAAAGUAUGCACUCACUAACUGUAAGUCUGGAUAAGAGCGCCUGCUAAAUAACUAAAAUGUAAAUGUAUAAUAGAUACAAAUACAAAAGUUUGUUACAACUUCCCCCGGUCUCCCCUUACUAACAGUGAGCAUGCCACUUUCAAACAAUUUCCCUCACUCUUCCCUUGAGGUGCGCGACAAAGUUUGACGACAUUUUUCAAUUAAAGUAAAGGACACUAAUGUUACCAGUAAAGUAGGAAGGCCAGGUUUCAAUAGGCAAUAAGAAAUUGUCGUGAAAGGAGUGUGAGUAUUUGGCCUGGCGAAAUGGCUUUAUGCGCUGACUGAAUGGGGGCUUGUAAUUGGGAGUUUUUUACUCCGCUGGUCUCGGGAAGAAAUUACGAGUCCUCAUUGUAAAAAUGUAUCUGACACCGGUCUCGAGUAAAACGUUGUUGUGGGCCAUGUUAGUAGUGCUUUCAUUUCCUGCAUUAGUGAUUUAAAAGUUAAAUAAUGACUAAGUCUUCUCUUGUUAAGACAAGUGGGCAUGCUAGGCAGUGUCACAUUAAGCCCACUAGAUGGAGACAGGCAUUUAGAAAAGAAGCCAUUCUAACAGUAAACACUCAAGCCUGAAAGUAGGGUUUGGCAUUCGGUGUUAAAAAUUGUAUUUUGGUGUGAUUUACACGUUGUUGUUAUAUUUCAAAACAUAGACCUAUUCCAGCACAGGUCAUCACUCCCCUUCACCCCUAUUAUGGCCUAUGCCUCAAAAGUGCAUAGAUGCUCUGACCAAUGGGGUAUUGUGAGUUGUUUGGCAUUAGACCUUAUAAAGCUUACAUAGCAAUUGAUCCACAGUUGACCUAUAAAUGAAAUGACUGUAGCGUGUAGGUCUUUUUUUUUUUCUUGCUGUUUCUUUGUGGUUCCCACAGUAACCCACCAUUGAGUGAAGAAAUGCUGCCCCCUGGUGACUGGAUGUGUCAUCGCUGCAACGUCCGCAGAAAGGUGAGUGUUCAACAAUACAUGAUGAUACAUGAUGAUGCUCACAACAGAGAAACGUUAUUAUGUUUUAGAUGUGUUAGCCUGUUAACACCCAUUUUCAAUGUAUCAAUACGAGUCACACUAUUUUAACCACCCUAGUGGUGGUGAAUACUGUCUGAACCUAGCUGGUCCCUGACUCUGCUAUCUGACUGUCACCCCCAGAAGCGUGAGCAGAAGGCUGGGCAGACAAAUGGCCUGCUGGAGAGGGAGAGGCCCCUCUCCAAGUGCUCCUCCUCCCCUGCAGCUGAGCUGGAGCGGGACACCACCACCAUUACCACCACAACGCUGCGUCUGGACAGGCUGCCCCCCGGGGUCGGAGCAGCAGGACCCGGGCUGCGGGUGGCUGCCGUGCAUCUCGAGCGUCUGGAGCGCUUUGAGCGGCGGGCUGGCAGCCGACCGGGCACGCCCACCUCCAACGCCUACUCCACGGCCACCCCCUCGGAGGAGGAGGAGGUGGUGGCCCAGGGCUCAGAACCUGAACGAGCCACCACCACCCCUACCCCCACACCACGGCUCCUCAAGAGGCCCUUCCAGCUGCUCAUCGCCGCCGCCAUGGAGAGGAACCCCUCGCAGUUCCAGCUGCCCAACGAGCUCACCUGCACCACAGCACUGCCAGGCAGCAGUAAACGGAGGAGGAAAGAGGAGCUGAUCAUGAAGACUUUCAGGAGGCCACAGCAUGAGAUUGACCCCAAUGGCCUCAUUCCUCUGCCAGUCAGGGUGUGCUUCUCCUGCACUAGGUAUGACCUUUCCUACCAAUAAUUUGUCAAUCAAACCCACAAUGUUGUCAUUACACAGUUAUAAUGGGCGGCAGGUAGCUUAGUGGUUAAGAGCGUUGUGCCAGUAACCAAAAGGUCGCUGGUUCUAAUCCCCGAGCUGACUAGGUGACAUAUCUGUCGAUGUGCCCUUGAGCAAGGCACUUAACCCUAAUUGCUCCUGUAAGUCGCUCUGGAUAAGAGCGUCUGCUAAAUGACUAAAAUGUAAAAUAUCAACUAGGGCUGUUGCGGUGACCGUAUUACAGCCACACCGGCGGUCACGAGUCAUAACGGCAGUCAAAUUCCACGUCACCAUUUAGUCACGAUAAUUGGGCAUCUCCAAGCUCUGAUGCUGCUGAUGGUCAUUGGUAGCCUACCAAACUUGCUAACUGCCUGGUACUCAGCACCAGGAAGUUAAUCACUCUGACAUCAAUGCAAAUGUAUUCGAAAAUCUAAUCAAACGUGAGAACCCAUGAGCUCAUGUUACACAACAUUUCUAUAGACUAUGCAAUUGUGAUGAGAAAACAGAGUGAUGGAUCCCAUCAGCUUUCUAUGAUUUAGUAUAUGUAAAGACAAGAUUAAAUCAAGAAUAGUCUGAUGGGUGACAAUAUUAUCACUUGUGAAUGAUAUAUUAUCACUUGUGAAUUAUGCCCAGCUUGUGUGCAGUAAGGCAAGAAACAGCACAUUCCUUUUUUUGCGACUUUUCCAAAUCAUAGUCGCACACCUCAUGUAGCCUAGCCCAUAGGCCUAUAUGUUUUGAUAAGGUUUGUAUCACAAAUGUUGUAUCAGCCUCACAGCCUUUUUUGGGAUCAAUCGCAUCCAACAACUGUCCCGACUAUGUUUGUAAUGUUUAUUUCUUGCACAGAAUAGAAUAGGUCAGCUUUUGUACUAUGGGGGAUAGUAGAUUGACAUAGGUUAGUGCUGUUCAUUAGGCCUACUCAUCUUGUUGGCUGAGGAAAGUAAAUGUGGACAGUUCUUCCAAUAUCUUCAAUAUGCGCCUCGGAAUUGGAUAAGGACACGCGCAGUUGCGUCCUCGAUGUAUCUGUCUUCACUUGUAGCCUGUGAGAGAGACCCGAUCACGUGACAGAGAGCCAUGUGAGGCGCUUCAGAACACCCAGCCGGGAGAAGGGAAUUAUAAUGAAUAUAUUCAGCCCAAGGACAAAUCGGCCACUGGCCGCAAAAGGCAUGAAUUUUUUUUAGGGGGCAUUAUGGCCACUCAAGGGGGAUGCCGCUGGGAAAUUCGUGGCAUUAUCAAGUGCUUGUCAAAUUGUGAAUGAGAGACUGAUGUACAGCCUGCGCAAAAAAACAAAGCAGAGCUCAUGCCUUUCAUGCAACUUUUUUCAAAUCAUCAAUAGUCGCAUCAUGCAGCCUUAGAAUGUAUAAAAAAAUCUAAACAUUAAGCCCAACGUUUGUAUUGCAACUAAAGAUACAUAAAUAACUCUAAAUUAAGCAUAUAGGAGUACCUGUUUCUUUGUUAACCGCUAAACACAGAAUAGCCACAUGUGCGCGCUCCCUCAAAUCAUUUGGAGAAAAUAUCCUUUCUAUUUUAUUCAGCUAUGUUCAAUUGUAUUCUUCAUACAAUAAAAUAAUGCCAUGGAAUUCUAAGCAAAUCUUGUCUGCUAAAUGAACUAGUGUAGCCCACAGCCGUAUGACAUAGCCAGAUCAGGACCUAACAUAAGGACAACUCAGAGUAUGCUAUUCUGUUCUUCUGAAAUAGACUACAUUUUCUUCAUAUCAUGUUUCUUUAGACCUGUCUAAAAUAAAUUAUGGAUUUAUUGCGAUGAUGUAGGCUAUAUUACAUGGAUUUAUUAACUUUUUUAAAUGUAGACGUCCAAACGUUUGCAUCAGUGGCUUUUAGGCUGUGUGGAGAAGCCAGGAGAUGCUAAAUGUGUUUAUGUUAAUUAACAGUCAAUUACCGUGAGACCGGCAGUUAUUUGCUUGACAAUUGCCAGCUGACGAAAUGUAAUAACUGCCACAGCCCUAAUAUCAACACAGCUUUUUCAUAUACAAUCUGUAAUCUAGUUGGUUGGCUGACUUUGAUAGUCCAAGCUCACUGCCUCCUCUCUCUCCUCCUGUCUAUCCUAUAGGAGCUGCAGAAUGGCACCCCUGGUUCAGUGUGACUAUUGCCCCCUGCUCUUCCACAUGGACUGCCUGGACCCCCCACUCACUGCCAUGCCCACAGGCAGGUGGAUGUGCCCUAAUCAUAUCGAGCACUUGGUGGUAAGAGCAGCCAACCCCCCGGCAUCAUCUGGUGUUCAAGCAUCCUCAUGCAUGGAAUUGGGUUUCAGUAUUUUGGCAGGCCUAAAUAAAUAAGGAUAUGGUGAUUUUUAGACCGGAAUGGCUCUGUUUUCUCUGUAAAGGGAUUAGGGUUUGUAGUUGUGUUUGGGCGAUAUCAAGCAUCACCAAUAAUUAUUAUUGCCUAUUGUGAUAUCUCUCAACAAUAGUAUGUAGAAGUUGUUCUGUUACUGACGUGACCUGUUCUCCAGCUGAGCUUUAGGGUCUGAAAACUUGUUACAAGUGCACAGGGUGUCGGGCUAGGGGUUGAUUCAGGGAUAGACGUCGCUCUGUUCUUGACAUGGCCUCCUGUCCUGUUCUCCAGCUGAACCAGAGGAGCCUGUCCUUUACCAGCCGCUGCCAGCUCUUAGACCAGUUCCAGGAUAGGAUAUCCCAGCAUGCCGUCAAGGUGGACUUCCUGCGAUGGGUCCACCGACAGAACCAGCCUGUCCGUAGCGGUGUCCACCACAAGACGAAGUCGCUCAAGGUAGCUUUCGCCCACUGAGUCUGUCCGAGUGCUUGUCUUCACUUUGAAAUGAUGAUGAAAAGACAGAUUUUCAACAAAUUAUUGAUUUGUCAACUAAGCUGCUUCAGCUUAACCACAUAUCCAAAAAUGUGUCCUCUUUAAGAAUUAAUUAAUUUAGAAAUAGAUUAACCACAUUGGGACUUCACUGUUCCUGUAAAUAAUAUGUGUGUGUGUGUGUGUGUGUGUGUGUGUGUGUGUUUGACCCUCCAGGUGCCCGAUGCUAUUAAGUCCCAGUACAAGAACCCCCCAGCCAUUUUGGCUCCUGCAGGGGUGCGUAACAGGGAGCUGAUCUGUAAUGGUGUCCCAGACCAGGACUGCCCCCCACGCUCCCCUCAGCAUUUUACCAGCCAGGCGGAGCAACAGGAGGUAGGCAUGGCAUGGCAGACACAGCAUAGACCAACACACGCUAGUAUCUGUCUACUACACUGAGAUUCAUCUAAAGCACUUGACUUUUUCCUGGCCCAGCUAGGAGCAUAGGAGACAUGGGUCCAGACAUGAUAGGGAUUAAUUGCCAAUUAUUUAAUGUGUUAAUAACUGUAAAUUGAUGUUUAUUUGGGGAGUUACUGGACUUAUGAAGGUGCUUGUUCUUUUCACUGAACUGUUAUUUUUUUCUUCGUUGUUCAGUGGCUUCGAGACGUCAUCUCGCUCCAGUGCAGCAUCAUGCGACAUUUAUCUGGCAAGCAGAAGUCCUCGUCUGACUGGGACUCUGAACAGACAGACAAGGAACAGAAAGACAUUAAGCCCUGUGUGGCUCUAGAGGAGAACAGCUCUCUGCCACUUGCAGAAAGGACAGCUUCAGCCCUGCCUGCCCCCUGCUCUAAGCCCUGCAGUACAUCUGAUGGCCCCCAGGGGGCCCAGGUACUGAAGGGCCUCUCGCGGGGCCAGGAGAGCUGCAGCUGCACGGUGAGGCCCUGUCAGAACUGUCUGAAGUGCAGGAAACCCAACGGGCCCCUGACUGAGCAGCCUGUGCAAGCCAACGGGCCGGUAGUGUGUGAUGCUGCAUCUGACACCUGCAGACAGACAGGGCUCCAGUUACACAGACUCACCCCCCCAGCCCCACUCCCAACCUCUGCUCUGGGGCUGCCCAACCACCUGAAAGGAGGGGUGGUGGUUAAAAUGGAGAGGGGCAGCCACCUGGAGUCUUGCACCCAGAAAGGCUGUCCCCCUUCCCUUUCGACGUGUGUAGCCACAGGGCAGGACGUCAAGAGCCAGGCCCACGGGACUCCUCAAGGCAUGGCAGGGGCUCAGGCCACCCCUCUGAGCCGCUGCAGUGAGCUGAAGCUCUGCCCCAGCCCCACCCCAGGUGUCCAUGUCUUCACCCCACCCAAAGCCGUCAAAGACUCCAGCACAGCAAGACAGCCCAUCACCACACCACCUGGUUUCUCCCCAGGGCCAGAUCUAAAGGGCAGCUCCAUGUUCCCCAGCUCUCUCUUGUCCUCCAUAGCAGACCUGUCUGGUGGCAUGAAGGCCGUGAUGGAAGGGGAUGGAGGUAAGUAGCUACCUCAACCCCAUUCUACAUGUACCAUUGUUUAUAAUUAGGCCUAGGUGAUGUGCACCUCUCGCUGUCCAGUUUAAAAAUGUGUACUUUAUUCAACAACAACAAAAAGUUAAAACAUUGCAUUAAUGUUUCGGCCAUGCUGGUCUUCUUCAAAAAUAGUGAUGAUUAAAUGGCCUGUAAUGCUGCUGACAGAUGAUGGCUGUGAUACAGGAUUGCUUCACGUGAAGUCUAUGUUGACGUUGAAACAUGCUGAUGUUGUUCAUGCAGAGAUCGAACUGAGUAAACUGGAUGAGGAGUUGGUCAAACUCCUGGCCUGGCAGAGGAUACAGCAGUUGUUCCCCCCCAAAGCGCCACCAAUCCCCCAAGGCAGCUGUGUAACCGUUACCCCUCCUCCCACCACCACCGUCGCCCUCAACCCUCAAUCUCCCACGCCACGCACAGAGGGUAAGCCCCACCCCCCUCCAACCUCACGUCUGGCAGUUUAAUUUUAGUGUCAUAGGAAUGUUAGAAAAUAAAAUGUCAUUCUGCCACAAUCUGUCCCCAUCACAGAACAACAGAAGGUGCAGGCAAGAGCAACGUUCUAUCCACUCAUGGGGAAGGGAGGAGCCAUCAACAUGUCUUAUAGGACCCUGUACAUAGGAGCUGGUAAGGACCACCCAUGCUGUGUUAUGAAAUACUGUGAUCUUUACUCAACAUGGGUCAAAGUCUCAUCAGUUUUUCUCUCUCUGACAACCAACUGUAGGUGCUGACAUGGAUGUGUGCCUUACAAACUAUGGGCAUUGUAAUUAUGUAUCUGGAAAACACGCCUGUAUCUUUUACGACGGGGUAGGUUUUCUAUCCUGUUUGAGACACUGAAAGCUUGCCGAACAAAAAUGAUUUUUCCCAUUGCUAUGACCUGAGCAGUGAGCACUAUUUUAAAUAGCAGUAGCACUACAGACAACAUGACUGAUGGUUAUCUUGUACCUGUGUGUAGAACACCAAGCACUACGAGCUGCUCAACUACAGUGAGCAUGGAACCACUGUGGACAACGUACUCUACUCCUGUGACUUCUCUGAGAAGGCCUCCCCCAGCCCGGCUAGUGGCCUGGUGUCCAAAGUGCAGGGCAUUGUCCGUAAGUAACACACACACUCAGCAUAUGUCAACAUUUGGGUGGGUGUAUGUCCCUUCACCAUAAACCUGUAGAGGCUGGGUGUGUGUGGUUUGGCCAGCCCUGUGUGUCUGUAGGAGACUUGUGAGUGACAGUGCCCUCUUUCUUCAGGCCGCUGUAAGAUGAGAGAGCAGGAGGAGGAGGGGGCCGAGGCUGGGCCCGGGCACAGGACUGGUCUGAUGCCAUCGGGGGGACUGAUGAGCUGCCAGCCCCAGGGAGGACCCAGGCUCUCCUGUAACUGCAAGGCCAGCAGUUCCAGCCUGAUCGGUGGCAGCGGGGCCGGCUGGGAGGGCACAGCGCUGCUCCACCACGGCAGCUACAUCAAACUGGGCUGCAUGCAGUUUGUCUUCAGCAUUGUUGAGUUCGCCAGCAAGCAGCCCAAAGAAGAGGGAACCACUGGCACCGCCAAUACCACCCCCAACCAAGAGGGGGCAGACAAGCAGACUAUCAAACUCCACCAAGUGCAACUCUGUUCCAUAGCCCAAACUCUCUCUUUCUCAUCUCUUUCCAGUCAAACCUAA